UAACAGAUAAUAAUGGGAGAAAUUACUGAAGCUUAGCUACAUUUGAAAAAUAUAAUCUUACAAGAAUAUUCUUGGCUCCUCAGAUGGAUCCACGGCUAAGAAUCCUCUAAGCCCACAAUAGCAUGUGUCAUCACCACGCUAAAUAAUCAUUCAUGUUGAUGAAUUUAUUUGAAUUUGACUUGGGGAGGUCAGAGAGGACCCAUCGUUGGGAAAGCAGCUAGUAGUUAGGACCUUUAGCAGAAAAGAAGGGGAGGAAAGGAGAGGGCUUCGGAGAGAAACUAAGCCAAUUCCAUGGCUUUAACAUCAAAUGCAGGUUCUGUUCUGAUCAUAUUUCUGUCACUCACACUUGUAUCAACUGCAACUGCAAGACCAAUAUAUCCUCUGCCUAGUAAAAUAAGCAAUGGUAUCAGAAAGCCUUUACAGACUUCUCGUCCAUAUAAUAUUGCACAUCGAGGAUCAAAUGGUGAGAUUCCAGAAGAAACUGCUGCUGCAUACAUGAGAGCCAUUGAAGAAGGAGCAGACUUUAUAGAAACAGAUAUCUUAUCCUCCAAAGAUGGUGUUCUUAUUUGUUUCCAUGAUGUUACCCUUGAUAACACUACUGAUAUUGCAAAGCACAAUGAGUUCACAAAUCGUAAAAGGACAUAUGAUGUUCAAGGGGUCAACACUACUGGCUUUUUCACUGUUGAUUUUACCCUUGAAGAACUUAAGACAUUACGGGUGAAGCAGAGACAUCCAUUCCGAGAUCAACAGUAUAAUGGAAAAUUUUCUAUUAUCACCUUUGAAGAGUUCAUAGCAAUUGCACUGGAUGCAUCAAGAGUUGUCGGAAUAUACCCUGAGAUGAAAAACCCAGUUUUUAUUAACCAGCAUGUUAAGUGGCCAGGUGGGAAGCGAUUUGAGGACAAGUUUGUUGAGACUCUUAAGAAAUAUGGAUAUAAAGGCUCAUAUAUGUCAAAAGAUUGGCUGAAGCAACCUGUUUUUAUACAAUCCUUUGCUCCAACUUCACUCGUGUAUAUAUCAAAUAUGACAGACUCACCCAAAAUUUUCUUGAUUGACGACAUUGACAUUCCAACUCAAGAUACUAAUCAGUCAUAUUGGGAAAUCACUUCUGAUGCUUAUCUGGACUACAUUAAGAACUAUGUGGUGGGCAUCGGACCCUGGAAGGAUACAGUUGUUCCUGUGGUAAAUAAUUAUUUGCAGACAUCUACAGAUCUUGUUGCCAGAGCUCAUUCCCAUAAUCUACAGGUGCACCCAUACACUUACCGCAACGAGGAAAUGUUCUUGCACUACAACUUUCAUCAAGAUCCAUAUGAAGAAUAUGAUUAUUGGAUUAACACAGUAGGAGUUGAUGGACUCUUUACAGACUUCACAGGCAGCCUCCAUAAUUUUCAGGAAUGGACUUCACCUCUCUCUAAAAAUGACAGUGGUGAUGACAGGGCAUCCAAGUUGUUGAAUAAGAUAGCUUUGUUGAUCACUUCAUAUAAAAAUUGAUGGGAGAACCAAAUAUAUGUACAAGAUUAUAACUUACUUUGUUCAUGGUUAUUUGAUAAGGUUUAUUCAGCAGAAAUUUUUAUUA